CCUCACACCAACUGUGAUCUGCUUCCAGUGUUGACCAUGCCUGGGUGGAGCUGCCUGGUGACUGGAGCAGGAGGGUUUUGGGGGCAGAGGAUCAUCCAGUUGUUGGUGCAGGAGAAAGAUCUUGAGGAGAACAGGGCCCUGUUUCGGACCUUCAUCUUCAAGAUGGAAGAGAGAAUCUCCGACCUAGGGAAAAUCAUCAAGGUGACAGUGUUGGAAGGAGACAUUCUUGACACCCAGUACCUGAGGAGAGCUUGCCAGGGCAUCUCUGUUGUCAUCCGCACUGCUGAUGUCAUUGAUGUCACAGGUGUCAUUCCCAGGCAGACCAUCCUAGAUGUCAAUCUGAAAGGUACCCAGAACUUAUUGGAGGCCUGUAUCCAAGCCAGUGUGCCAAACUUCAUCUUCUCCAGCUCAGUUGAUGUUGCAGGGCCCAACUUGUACAAGGACAUCAUCCUGAAUGGCCACGAGGACGAACAUCGUGAAAGCACAUGUUCUGACCCAUACCCAUACAGCAAAAAGAUGGCUGAGAAGGCAGUGCUGGCAGCCAAUGGGAGCAUCCUGAAAAAUGGUGGUAUGCUGCAUACUUGUGCAUUAAGGCCCAUGUACAUUUAUGGGGAGAGAAGUCGAUUCAUUUCUAACACAAUAAUUACAGCCCUCAAAAAUAAGUGUGUUCUGAGAAUUGGGGACAAAUUCUCCACAACCAACCCAGUAUAUGUAGGUAAUGUGGCCUGGGCAGACAUUCUGGCUGCCAGGGGCCUUCGAGACCCCAAAAAGUCACCAGAUAUUCAAGGAGAGUUCUACUACAUCUCAGAUGACACCCCUCACCAAAGCUAUAGUGAUUUAAGUUACACCCUGAGCAAGGAGUGGGGCUUCUUCCUUGAUUCCAGCUGGAGCCUUCCUGUGCCCUUACUGUACUGGCUUGCCUUCCUGCUGGAAACUGUGAGCUUCCUGCUGAGUCCAAUCUACAGAUAUAUACCUCCCUUUAACCGCCACUUGGUCACACUAUCAGGUUGCACAUUCACUUUCCCCUACAAGAAACCUCAGCAAGAUCUGGGCUAUGAACCACUUGUCAGCUGGGAGUAA